AGCAACUGCCAAAGUGCUGUUUUUCCCCUCAUCAUCUCUAUAUCACUAAGCAUAUAAACAACAAGAGAACACUCCAUAAUAUACUCCAUAGUCCAGUGUGUGUAAGAGACAGAACAACAGAUGAAGCAUUUUGCCUUGGUGUUUCUUUUGGCCAUUUUGGUCCCUCAGGAGUGUUUCCAUGUCAGUGUGGAAGCAAGGGAUGAUUUUGUCAGAACUAGAGGCAUCCACUUCACGCUGAAUGGAUACCCUUACUAUGCAAAUGGCUUCAAUGCCUACUGGUUAAUGUACACAGCUUCUGACCCAUCUCAGAGAUUCAAGGUUUCAAAUGCCUUUAGAGAAGCAGCAAGUCAUGGCCUUACUGUUGCUAGAACUUGGGCCUUCAGCGAUGGUGGCUAUAGACCACUACAAUAUUCCCCUGGCUUCUAUAAUGAACAAAUGUUCACGGGGUUAGAUUUCGUUGUAUCAGAGGCCAGAAAGUACGGGAUUAAGCUCAUACUGAGCUUGGUGAACAACUACGAAAAUUUUGGAGGCAAGAAGCAGUAUGUGAACUGGGCUAGAAGUCACGGCCAGUACCUUACUUCAGAUGAUGAUUUCUUUAGGAGCCCUGUUGUUAAGGGUUACUACAUGAACCAUGUCAGGACUGUUCUCAACAGAUACAACAGAUUUACUGGUAUGCAUUACAAAGAUGACCCAACAAUCAUGGCCUGGGAGCUUAUGAAUGAACCUAGAUGCACAUCGGAUCCUUCAGGAAGGACUAUUCAGGCGUGGAUCACGGAAAUGGCUUCGUUUUUGAAGUCCAUAGACAGGAACCACUUAUUGGAAGCUGGACUAGAAGGGUUUUACGGACAAUCAACACCACAAAGAAAAACAAUGAAUCCCGGUUUCAACAUAGGAACAGACUUCAUCGCAAAUAACCGAAUCCCGGCCAUUGAUUUUGCAACAGUCCACUGCUACCCCGACCAAUGGGUAUCGAGCUCAAAUAUUCAAUACCAGCUUUCAUUCUUGAACAACUGGUUGAGUGCCCACUUCAUAGACGCGCAAUACCAUAUAAAGAAACCAAUACUGGUGGCAGAAUUUGGGAAAUCAUUUAAGGGUUCGAGUUCGUACGAGAGGGAUCAGGUGUUCAAUGCAGUGUAUUACAAAAUAUACGCUUCUGCAAAGAGAGGAGGUGCAGCGAGUGGAGCACUGUUCUGGCAGCUUCUAACGGAGGGCAUGGAGUCUUUCCAAGACGGUUACGGAAUCAUUCUUGGGCAGAGUUCCUCUACGGCCAAUCUCAUUGCUCGCCAGUCCCGCAAGCUGUACCUGAUUCGGAAGAUCUUCGCAAGGGUCGCGAACAUGCGGCGAUGGCAAAGGGCCAGAGCCAGAGGAUUUUCUGGCUCCGGAGGUGGAAACGGAGGCAGAUACAUUGACAACUGAGAACAUGUUUGGUUUGCAGUUUCAGGAUUUUAUCUGUUAAAUUUACAUUGAAACGCGCGUCACAGUAUUUUUAACUGAAAAGCUUGUUUGUGUUGGGAAGACAGACAUCUUUCAUAUACGAGUUUCUCUACCGAGUGUUUGGAAGGCGAUGGAGGAGGGCCCACCGGAACCAACGGAAGACCUUGGAGAUGAAUCAUAAUGUUUUCUUAUAACUACGUUGACAUAUGUUUUCAUUGUUUCAGCUUCUCUCUUUUUUUUUUGUUUAUACAGAGCAAAGCAGCUGGUAAGUUUUUCCAUGGCGUCUACUUGUAGGUUACUCAACCUCACUUUAGUUUUUAACUUUGGAAAGAAUGUUAUUUGUGUUUAGUACUUGAUAUCUGUAGAAAAAGAAUGCAAAACAAAGCGCAAAUGUAAGUUUGAAUCAAAAUAUGUUAUAAACUCAAGUUUAUACUAA